AUGGGUCUGCUGUUAUCGAUUCUGGUGGGGUGUGUAGGCGCAAUUGAAUUGCUUGCAUGCUUGAAACAUUUAACGGAGGAAAUAACAAUAACCCCGGCACCGUGCUUGUCUUACCAUGGCCCGGCGAUGGUGGAUAAUCCGAGCUUCCAUGACUCCCUUUGCGGGAUCAGUCACUCGGAAGACUUGAGGAUGCCCUCUAGUGCGCGAAAUAAACUGGAAAAUCUUCACGAGUACAGUUUGAGAGUACGAAGUGAAUUAAAGUCACAUGGGUUCGGGGACGGGAGUACUCUGUCGGAAUUGAGCAGUCGUGAUCUAAGAAGCGUAUCACGGGCUGAUUCCAGGCUUAGUUUGGAUUUUGAGCUGAUUGAGAAGGACGCGGAGGAGCCUUGGCAGGCGCUGGUUGAUGGCACGCGAGAUCAAUUGGCUGUAAUAUUAACGAGGGGUGAUUUUUCAAAGAGUUUCGAUUAUGAUAACGAGCAAGAUGAUGGGUAUGACGACGAUAAUGAUGAUAGGUUAAUCCUCGAAGAGAUUAACGACCCGGAUAAAUUAAUUGGCGAGGUAGAGAGCAAGGGAAUAUUGAAACCCAUUCCGAUUCUACCGAAAAAUUUAUCAACCUCGAGCUCGUCGUUAGACUUGAGCACGACAUUUGAAAACGACUCGGGCAAUGAAUUGCCAACGAAAGAACACUUUAGACACGUGCCUGUGGUUGUCACGAGGUAUAAUGGAGGAUCCUCUUCGUCCACUCAUUCUUCGUUUGAGGAUCCCGUUGUUUGUAGAAAAUCACAGCUUAAAAAAAGUUGCAUUAAGAAUAGAGAAACUGAAUCCAAGUCUCCAGAUCACUCAGCAAUGCCUUCUGAGAUAACUUCAGUCAGUAGUUUUAAAGGGGAGCUUUCCUCCAAUGAAAGCCUCUUGUCAGUCUCGAAUAGUGAUCAUGUUAAAUCGAUUGACGGAGAUGAAGACAUAGACAGAGAAAGUAGAAUUAAAGACCGAGGUACCAGCCCCGUUUCACAAUCUAGCCUGAAGAGACACAAAGUUAGACCGACCAGUGUUUUGAGAAAGUCCACAAGGUUGAAGUCUAAAAAUGCAGAAAUAAGCAAGUCUGCGGAAAAUUUGAGCACCAAAAAUCUUACCAAAAGACAAAGGGACCCGGAGAGACGCAAAUCGGACAUUUCGAUACAGACUAAUAGCAGUAAGGAAUUCUAUCGUGAUGAAUGGACCAAUACGUCACCUACUGACAGUGAAAAAUCUAUGUCAACGAGCAGGUCGAGCCUGGUGUCUGUCGAAGUGCAAACAAACCUCGAGAUAGAUGAUUAUGAUAUUCCUCCGUGGAAAUAUUGUCCAAAGUCAGAAAGCAUAAGAGAUGGGUGGAUGAAAAACGGGAGGAGGUCGUUUGUGAGCAAACGGUUUCCUAAAUCACGAUCGCUUGAUGAUCACUACACGGUCGGGUACGGGUCUAUUGAUCCCGACAAGUCCAUGCAGGGAGUCCAUUACGUUCCGAAUAACGGUUUACAAUUUAGAGGGAAUAAUUCGAGGGUUGAGGCUUCCACUGCAGAUCCAGCUCCUUCUAGAACGAGCUCUGACGAUGCUGAGGCUACGAAUAGUUGGCGACCCUCCAUAUUGCUGGGCAGUGAAGAGGAUUCUUUAGAUGAAGAAGAGUUUGUGGAUGCUGAAGAUGAAAGUAUUUUACAAACUACAGGCCCCAUUGAGUACUGCAUACCCAGCGUUGAGUCUAGUAAAGCUUUUUGGUUGCACCCGGCACACAUGCAUCGCAGACAGCGGCAGGCGACAAGACGAUGGAUGAGGAGGUCGCUACGGACUGACAACCAACAGCACGACCACGAAGACGAGGCUGACGGUGACAACCAAGACACCAAGACACAUCCAGACAGAGAUGGACGACAAAUAACGAAUGGCGGAGGUAGAAAGUGCAGUGUUCACCACCACGGAGCGAAAGGUUCGCAAAGUGAAGAAGACGACCAAACGCAGGGAGAGCAGCGACCAGAACGCGGAGGUCACGAUCACCGAGGUCGACAGCACUCAGAACAACCAUCACGCCAUCGACGAUUAAUUUUCAGUGGGGAGUACACAAAGGCAAUGAACAAGGAUUGGCACAGCGGUCAUUUCUGUUGUUGGCAGUGCGACGAGUCCUUGACCGGACAGCGCUAUGUCCUGCGCGACGAGCAUCCCUACUGCAUCAAGUGCUACGAAAGCGUCUUUGCAAACGGGUGCGAGGAGUGCAACAAGAUCAUCGGUAUCGAUUCAAAGGAUCUGUCGUACAAGGACAAGCACUGGCACGAGGCUUGUUUCCUCUGCAACAAGUGCAGGGUCUCUUUGGUGGACAAACAAUUUGGAAGCAAGGUCGACAAGAUUUAUUGCGGCAAUUGUUACGAUGCCCAGUUUGCAAGCCGCUGCGAUGGAUGCGGCGAGAUCUUCCGCGCUGGCGCUGAGAGAGCGUUUGUCUACGAAUUUACGUUUCACUACAAAAACGAUCAACGAAGACCGGAUCAAAAGGGCCAAAGAAAAGGAUGA